CCUAUAAUUUUCCUCUCCUCGCCCUCUAAUCGACUAGAUCGCCGACGCUUUCAGCUCUCAAAGGCCGAAUCAAAUGGCUGCUGGAAGAGGAAUCAACCAGCUCCUGAGAAAGAAAUUCAACUUUCAGCCUUCGGCAUCAUUUCUCUUGAAGCAGGAACAGGAGGCUUCUGCAUCUGCUGGUGUCAAGUCUCUAAGAGCGUUAGCACUUCUUGGAGUUGGUGUUUCUGGAAUCUUAAGUUUCUCUACCAUAGCAUCUGCUGAUGAAGCAGAGCAUGGUCUAGCAUGCCCCAGCUAUCCUUGGCCUCAUAAAGGCAUUCUUAGUUCAUAUGAUCAUGCGUCGAUUCGUCGUGGUCACCAAGUUUACCAGCAAGUUUGUGCUUCUUGCCAUUCCAUGUCUCUGAUCUCUUAUAGAGAUCUUGUUGGUGUUGCAUACACUGAAGAAGAGACUAAGGCUAUGGCUGCUGAAAUCGAAGUGGUCGAUGGUCCUAACGAUGAAGGUGAGAUGUUCACGCGUCCUGGUAAAUUAAGUGAUCGGUUUCCUCAGCCAUAUGCAAAUGAACAAGCUGCGAGGUUUGCAAAUGGUGGGGCAUAUCCUCCAGAUCUAAGCCUGAUAACCAAGGCUCGUCACAAUGGUCAGAACUAUGUAUUUGCUCUUCUCACUGGGUAUCGUGAUCCUCCUGCUGGUAUUUCGAUUCGAGAGGGUCUGCACUACAAUCCGUACUUUCCUGGUGGUGCCAUAGCAAUGCCCAAAAUGCUUAUUGAUGGUGCUCUUGAGUAUGAAGAUGGCACUCCUGCAACUGAAGCUCAGAUGGGUAAGGAUGUUGUUUCAUUUUUGUCGUGGGCAGCAGAGCCAGAGAUGGAAGAGCGCAAACUGAUGGGAUUCAAAUGGAUUUUCGUACUCUCACUUGCUCUCCUUCAAGCUGCUUAUUACCGUCGCAUGAAGUGGUCUGUUCUUAAAUCGCGGAAGCUGAUAGUUGAUGCUGUUAACUGAUCUCAAUUGUAGUGGAUUUGAAAACUUUUUUUUCUUUUUUUUACUUUAGUUAUGUUGAAAGUAUGGAAUAAUGAGUCCUGAUGGUGUACAUUGCACAUGAGAUGGACCUUCAUCUCAAAAUUUUCUCGCUUUUUCUAUUUUCUUGAUUAUUUUUGGGGAAGCAUCUGAUGUCUUUAAGCACAAUUUUGGAUUAUGAUAAGGCUACUCUUCGCCUUGAACCUGCUAUUGUGUAAUAAUUCUUUGGCAGAUGCAUAUUUCUGUGAUUUGCGUUC